UCCAGAGCCUCUUUGUAUGAUUCUUCACCAGAUAAUUUGUGGAUAUUCCUCCUAAGAGGAGCCAUGGUGGCCAAAGAGGGAGAUACAGAGGCGUUGAAGAAAUAUUGCAGCAAAGAGGUAAUUGAGCGGUGUAAAGCAGAGCAUCAAGCUUUUGAUAGCCAGGGUAUGAUUUUUGAUAACAAGAUUUUGCAUAUUUCGGAUGUUGAAGUACGGGAGACAAAAAUGAUGGGAGACAGUCCCAUAAUCAUUUUGGCGUUCCAAACGCAACAGGUCUACUGCAUACGUGAUAAACUUGGUUCAAUUAAAGAAGGGGGAAAGGAUACAAUACACACUGUAUACUACGCUUGGGCUAUGCAACUAGUAGAAGCAGAAGAACUCGGAGAAGCAGCUUUUCACCCUAUUUGGAGGCUUAGAGAGAUGCAACAAUUUGGUGUUGCAGCUCUUAUCUAAUCAACUUUUUGCUUGAUCAUGGGAGUGUAUAAUGUUGCUUCCCGCGCUUUCUUCGUGUUCUGGCACCGACUCGUGCAGAAAAGUUUUUGCAAUAAGCUUUUGCCUUUUCCACAGUUGGACCGGAAUCAUGAUGUAUUCAAAUUAAUUAAUUAGUUAGGAGUUAUUUUCACCAUUCUUGUGAAUGUACUUGAGCAGCCCCUUCACAUUGCAUGAAGUUCCAAGUUUGAACACUGAAUAAAUAGAAUAUUCAUGUUAGUUAUGUAGUCAUUGUAUCCAGUAAGUUAAAGCUAGCGUUUGGCCAUA